GGGCAUCGGAGAAGGCCCAUGUGUCACCGACGGAUCCUUUCGGUUUCAGCGCCUUAGGAUACGAGGGUUUGCGAACCCCCUGGCUGCGCAAUCGUUAGUUCGUUUAGCGUCAUUUGGACCUGAGGCUGAACGAAGCCCAUUCUUCUUAUCAGUAUUGAUGAAAUAAGCGCCAUUUCGUUUAUCACCAGCUCAGUCCCGGGGGCUUGGGAUUCUUUUUGUCCAUCCUUUGCCCUCGGUCUUUUAUUAUGGCUAUUGCUUCCCCUCAACCAGAGCCGCCGUCUGAGACAACCUCUCUCUUAGCUGAGCACGAUGAACACCCUGUGCAGAGGAAGAGUGCUACCCGUAGAGCACAUCGGGUCUUGCUGUAUGCGUGCCUCAUAGCGGUCACUCUGGAUUUUGGCAACUAUCUCUCCGUUGCUCCCCAACUCCAGGCAUUCGAGUCGAUCAUCUGUCAGCGCUUGCAUCCUGAGCUCUUUGCUUACACCCCCGGCGGGGGUCUUCCUUUGGUCGCUUCUCCAUCUUGUAAGUCUGCUGAUGUGCAGGGAGACCUAGCAUUGCUCAAAGGCUGGAUGAACACAUUUGACCAGCUUCCGGGCAUCAUCCUGGCGCUUCCAUAUGGUCUCAUGGCAGAUCGAAUUGGUCGCAAGCCAGUCCUGGCUAUGAGUCUGCUUGGGAUUGUCAUGGAGGAGAUUGCUAUUCGGCUCAUCUGCUGGUACCAUACCACCAUACCGCCACAAGCAAUCUGGUUCGCGCCGUUGUUCCAGAUCAUUGGUGGCGGUUCUCAGAUAACCAACUCUGUAGCUUGGACGAUCAUCGCAGAUGUCUUCCCGGUAGAGAAGCGUUCAGUUGCAUAUUUCAUUCUGUCGGGGGCUAUUCUGCUGUCCGAAAUUGUCGCAAUUCCACUAAGUGCCUGGAUCAUGUCCUCGAGCGUUUGGAUACCAUGGAUGCUGGGGUUAGCCUGCGAGAUCGGGGGUGCGCUGAUUGUUCUCUUGUUGCCAGAGACCAAACCGAAGUCAGCUGAAAAUCCCGUGAGUGAUGUCGAGUCUGAAACAGCGGACCGCCCUGAGGGCUCAUCGGCGUUUGCAUGGUCGAGCAUUGUACGCUUUGCUCGCUCGCAGAUCACCGAGCUGAAAGACUUUGUUUGCGAGCAUCCGAGCUCCCUCGUCGUCUUUCUUGCAUUUUUCAUGUCUAGCUAUGGAAUCGUAGCUGUUCCUUUCAUGCUCCAAUAUGUCUCCCGGCGCUUUUCGUGGAGCUUGGCAGAGGCAAGCCUGCUUAUUUCCGUCAAAGGUGUACUUAAUUGCUUGGCUUUGGUGUUCAUCCUCCCUAUGGUUUCAAAGCUUCUCGGGAGGUAUUUCACCCCCGUGAAGCGAGACCACAGGAUUGUACUCGGCAGCGCAUGUAUCUUGGUUGCCGGAUUUGGCUUCAUGUCUCUUGCGUCCCACCCGGCACUAUUUGCAGUGGGAGUUGCCUUGAUUGCUCUUGGAUGGGGAUACUACGCUGCCCUGCGCAGCGUCAGCAGUGCACUGGUUGGUCAAUCGCACAUUGGACUCCUCAAUACAACCAUGGCGCUCGCCCAGAGUGUUGGGCUUAUGGUGUCCGGGCCUCUACUUGCUGGGCUGUUCCGGGCAGGAUUGGCCUGGGAAGGGAUUUGGAUGGGUCUGCCAUGGAUGUUCGGGGUUGUGCUAUACGUGGCAGCUGGCCUGGCAUAUCACCUCUAGCCAGAUGGGUUGGCAAACGACAGGCUUAGCUAGUCAAGGAGAGAGAACAGGCAGAGGCGUGGCUCCUGUGACUCUAGUCUCUACCAAUCCAGAACGGACUUUCUGAUCAUUGUGUUAUAAACCCUGCCCGAAUAGCUGGAUCCCGGGAGAGUUGAUGCCCCCGACGGUUGACAAUAGCAGGGGAUGGGAUCGCUACUCGGCCAGGAAGGAGGGAAGUCUGAUGGGGGAAGGCACGACCAUGCCUGGCACAUGACCUCCAGCCGUCGAGAUUCUGAAAUAGAUAGUAGGUACCUCAAACUCCUCAGGGUUCCGUUUCAUCUAAUGCCCAUGCCGACCUCUUCAAGCUCCUAGGCAGUUACGAAACUAGGCAACCCUGAUCCCUUGCGGGAGCUAACCUUAAGUCUUAAAGC